CCAUUCUACUUGCUGUCGAUUAGUGAGGGCGGGCUGUUUUCCGGGAGGGUUCACACAGCACAACGCAGUUCAUUAAGCGUCUUGUCAUGUUUUAGCAGGUCUCGGCUUGCCUUUAUUGCUGACAUGCAAACGUGGACAGAGUAGGAGCUCAGCCGGACUCCCCCGCGUCACUUUCACGUUUCCUUCUUAAGAGCGUGGAUAGUCACACAUGGCUCUCACACAAACACAGGAGGAUGGCAUAAAAGGAGAGCGGGUCAACAAAGAAACAGGAGAGCUGAGUGCUUCAGGGGAGUUAUCGGUCUCCGUGCAGCACGAUGUGAACAAAGCAGAUGUCACAAGUCGAGAUCGUCCACUCUCUGACUUGCUCAGUGAAAAACUGCACGAACUUGAGAUUCAACAAUGGUCAAAUUUGGAUCACAAAGGGGCUGCGGUGCCUUCAGAGAAGCUGCAAGAGUAUCUAGUCCAAGUCCUGCCUCUCUACGUACAGGUGUGUGAGGAGGGUGGAGGACUUGAGGGGCUGGACCUAAAGGGACUCGCAGCUCUCAGCGCUGAGACCGUCAUCUCUAACAUCCACAACAGGCUUGCAGAGAGGCCUGCAGAAGACGCCCGUGAGGAAGUUGUGCGAUUCUUUCAGAGGGAAGGCGAGGAGGCAGGCAGUCUAGGAUGGCUGCUGCUGAAAUCGCUGUUGCUGCUAACUGCUGACAGCUCGGUGACAUUAUCAUCUAUGAGUCCAGGACUUCCUGCUGUUCUUGUGAAAUGUUUCUACCUGCUCGUGUGUAUCCCACCAAAGGAGGACAUAACUAUGGAAGAGAGCUUUCAGGAGCCUCUAACACAGGUUCUUCUCCAACUAUGUAGGUGGCCACUCAAUGUAGAGAGGCUGGUAGAGACCCAAGAGCUGCAGUGCCUAAUUAUUGGACUCACGUCGUUUUGGGACCAAACCUCCAGCUCGUGGAGGCAUCAGGCCUCGCGGUUCCUUAAGGUGGUUUCAGGUGUAGCCACGAGCAACACCGUUCCAAACCUGCUUGAGAAGAACUGCAUUCGCAUCUGCAUCCAGAAUCUAUUGCGCAUCAACUCAGAGGUGCCUGGCCCACUAUUAGCUGAGGUGGCCGUGGCUGUGUUCAGCUUCAUUCGGGACACGUACCCUCUCAGUCCGGCCCUCUUCACUGAGUUUGACUCCCACAAUGGCUACAAAGCCCUUGAGGGCAUUCUUAAACGUUGUGAAGGAGGCGUGUCAGAGGAUCAGUUUCAGUCUGUGGAGGAGCUGCUGGUGCUCAUUGCCUCACUCACCCUGCUUGGAAAAACGGAGCUCAAAAUGGUUCUGUGUGUCAGCCACCCGCAGCCUCCGGGCUUUAAAUUUGAGCCGCCCCUCAACAAAGGUUCAUCAGUAAAGAACUUGCCUGCCUUCGAGCUCCUGCAGGCCUCCCUGCUGCAAUCGGAGGAUUCAUUGCUGUGCUGCCAGAUCCUAAGAACACUUCAGAUGAUUUGGGAGAGAGACAAAUCCAAUUUUUUCCUCCUGGAGUGGACCGUCCAGACUAUGGUCCAAUUAGCCGCAUGCGUGUGCUGCAAACCAGCAGCGGUCCAAACUAUGUUCUUUUCAAUGCUUGAGAUGGUCAUUUUCAAGCUGAACUACAUUCCCCAUGAGGUGCUACGUGUCGUGCUGGGUAUCCUAAAGCAGAAUUUGUCAGGGUCACUGGCUGUUGGAGUUGUGGGAAGUGAGUUUGGAGUGGCAGCUCUUACAAGUUUCCACAGGAUGAUGAUACACAGUGGCAUGGUCACGGAGGUGUUGAGUGACAGGGGCCUCUUGGAGUUGCUGCUUGGGGAACUUCGCAGGCGAGCAAAGAUCAUCCGGAAGGCUGGAAUUGUCUCCUCUCCACAAUUAAAUCCGGAUCAGCAACCACGCGUAGAGAAUGGCGACAUGUUACUCACCACUUGUAUGCUGGAAGUAGUGUCUGGCCUUACUUUGCGCUCAAUCAAAAACACAGUUUCAGUGCGAGAGUUUGGUAUGGUUCCAUACAUUAAGAUCUUCCUGGAUGAAGCUCAGUAUCGUGGUCCCGCUCUGUGCAUUUUGGAGCAUCUUGCCGAGCUGAACCCCGAGGAGUUCAUGAGUACUGCUAUUGGAGCACUCUGCUCCUCCACACAACAAGAACUGGCUUUGAAGCGGGACAUUUUACAGUCUAUAUUAAAGGUGCUGGAGACUCCAAAUAGCUUGGACGCGUUUCGACGGGCUGGCGGCUUCACUGGACUCCUCUCACUCGUGCUCGACAUGGAAGGUGCUCUGGCUGACCCUCCUCGGGGAGAAGUGUGGCGGUCUGUCGGCCACCACCAGUUGCUCGACCUCCUCCUUCUCGCCCUGCACAUCUUGUCCUCCGCUGUCCAUCUGCAUGCGGUGAAUGCACACUUUUUUCAGACGGGUGGCUUUUAUGAGAAGCUGGCUGAGGCUCUGCUCCAGCUGGGCUGCUUCCACUCUGAGAGGAGGAGGUGGGAGCCAGACGAGGGAUGCUCUAUCAUUAUUGGAGAAGACUACCAGCUUCUUGGAAGAAGUUUCCAACAGUUUGUUGAGUUAGCAGAAGAGGGAUUCUCAUGUCACUCUUCCCCGGCUGCAUCUCACUCCUCCCCAUCUGUCAGUUUGCCUGUCACUCUUCAGAUGUGCAUUAGGCUCCUUUCCCAUCUUGAUCACUUUGCUGCAGGCCUCCACUCCCCUCUGGAGUUUAACUUUGGCCUCGAAUCUGAGAAUGGGUGUGACGGACAUCGAAAGAAACUAAAUGGACCGGUAGGGCAUGAAGGGAUGCAUUCAAUUUCACCUCCUGCCCAUGCCGGGUCAGUCCAGCAGGAGACUUGUAGGACCACAGGAACCAACAUCUCCACAGUUUUAGAGUCCCAGUCGAAAUGGUUCACUUGUGAUCAUGUUAUUCUUCAGCCUGGAGCUAUUUGCGUCAUCAUGACUCUCCUUCCAUUCAUCUUUACACCUGAGGACAUCCAGCUUUCAAUGGAGGUCCAGCUUGCAGUCACAAACCAUAUUCAGUCAGCAGUCGAAUCAGAACGAAAUCGUCAGGUCAUGUGUGAGGGGGGGCUUCUCUCUACACUUCUGACUCACUGUCGCAGCAUGCUGCUCACUCCAAAUGACCCGUUACAUCUUAGUGUUACAAGAAUCUUGGAGAAGCUCGCCUCCCAGGCCAUCACAACUUCAGACUUCAGAAAAUUUCUUUGUUUAGCAGACCCUCUUAUGUGUUUGGCAGACAAGACUGGAGUGCCAUCGAAACCAGAAUGCCCCACAACAGGAGAAGAACCCGAUCCCAGCACAAGGGCAGAUACAAUACGAGGGUCAUCAGCAAAAACACGAAAGCGUAACUGCAGCCUUUUACAGUCUACGACUGGCAGCAAAUAUUCUGCUGGUUCCACCAUUCCUGCUCACCAGAUCAUUAGUAUGGUGUCCAUGACGUCACCGCGCACGUUUCGGCCACAUCGGCUCUCCGCUACGCCGGCCUUUGUGGAGUUUGACAUGAGUGAGAGUGGCUUUGGUUGCCUUUUCCUGCCUUCACUGGCCACAGUGAAGGGGGUAACAGCAGAUUCUAUCUCAACUGGUGGAAUAGGAGGAGACUGCCGGGGUUUCCCUCCCGCAGCCGGUCUUUCCUUUUCCUGCUGGUUUCAGAUCAACAGGUUUAGUUCAGCGUGUGAUUCCCACCCACUUCGACUACUGUCAGUUGUUCGGCACAUGUCGCGGACAGAGCAACAAUACAUCUGUUUGUCUGUCUCCUUCUCAGCCUAUGAUGGCUGUCUGGUCCUCUCCACUGAGGAGGAUGCCUUUACUUACUUAGACAUGAUGGAACCAGAGCUGAGCACCCCGACCACUUUGCCCACCUCGCUGAGGUUCCGUUGCUCCAGCUUGCUGGUCCCGGGUCAGUGGCACCAUCUUGUUGUGGUCAUGGCCAAAGAUAUGAAAAAGAGCUGUGUGGCUUCCGCCUACUUUAAUGGCAAAGUACUAGGGACUGAAAAGAUGAAAUAUAUUCAGCCGUUUCCUGGCAAGUGUGUCUCCAUGGACCCCACAGCUGUUAUUGACGUGUACGCAUGGAUUGGGACGCCCUCUCUUUGGAAGGACCACGCUGCUUUGGUGUGGCGUGUUGGUCCGUCUUACCUUUUUGAGAAGGCUUUGAGCCCUGAGCUUGUGCGUGCCAUAUACUCUCAAGGAACUGCCUACCUGGGCAACUUUCUGGCUUUGCAUAACAAAGAAGCAGAGUCUUUCCCUCUCCAGUUGGUUCCUGAGGAGAGGAUUACAUUUGGCAUCAACCCAGCAGUUUCCACAUUAACAACUGUUGUGGACAUCAGACAAAACUACAACGAGGUGGACUGCAGACUGAUCGCUAAAGAGCUAGGGAUAACCUCAAGAGACCACUCCACUCCAGUUUUCCUGGCUCGUAACAUCAGUCAGCACCUGAGUGGCACUGCACGCACCAUAGGCGCAGCACUGAUUGGACAUUUUGGUGUCCGCACAUUCAUCCCCAGAAAUGCCUCUGAUGGUUUUCUGUACGUGGGUGGGCCUGCAGUUCUUCUCAGUAUAAUUGCAAUGGCAGCUGAUGACAGCUCCCUGUAUGCAGCGGUUAAGGUUCUUCUCUCUGUUCUGGAAACGAAUUCUGCCAUGCAGCAGGAAAUGAACCGCAUCUGCGGUUAUAAGCUGCUUGUUUUCUUGCUGAAAAUGAAGAAUACUCUGGUGAGCCUCAGAACCUUUCAGUUGAUUCUGUACUUCUCGAGCUCUAUGGAGCUGAGCCAAGGCUCGGACUGUCUGCAGAACGAAGCUGCUUUCCGGGAUCUGCUAUCGGACCUGGAGGUGUGGAAGAACACGUCUGAAAAUCUGGAUCUCUCAGUCCUGUGCCACUUUGCCGAGAUCUUGAAGUCCCCAAGCAAUGACAGCAGGAUUGGAGCGGUCAUGCACAGAAUGGGCGUGUUACCAAAUUUGCUAUUUGAGCUGUGUGACCCUUCUGUGACUUAUCAAAAAGUCAAGGUUGUUACUUCCGUCAUCACAUGCCUGCUGAAGGCUCACUUCACUCCUCUGGAUAUAAGCAGACUUGGGCUCUUCCUGAUCUACACACUCCCUCCUCUUCGUAAUGCAGUUGAAAGCCAUGGCAUAUCUGACUGUGAUCUUUCCCAAGAUACAGAAGUUAACGCCUCUGUUCCUGUCAGCCUCAUCUUUAUCCGCAACCAGCUGUUACUUGUUCUCUGCGACAUCCUCGGCUCAGAGAGCGCUCUGAUCAAAGAUCACCAGAAUACAGUGUAUGACGUCCUGGGCAGCGACUGGUUCCUGCUUUUCCUGAAGCCGCACCUUCACUCCUCCACUGUGAAACUGGGUCUCAUCCUGCUCACACACUUCCUUUCCUGUCAGGCGCACCACAGCAGCUUUAGGGAGGCGGUGAUCCCUGGAAGCCUCAUAGACAGCAUGGAGGCACCCUCUGUCAUUAUGGACAACCUUCGUGCUCACUCUUGGUCAUAUGAAUGUUCCACCGCUGCAUGCCCUGGUUUUGAUGUUCUCCAAGGUCUUCUGGUCAGACACUUUCAGCUGCCGCAAGUCUAUGAAGCUUUGGCUGCUCUCCUGUUGGGAAGGACAGUCACCCACUUCGUAGACGGAGAGGUGAACUUGAAUGACUCCCUCGAGUCUUUGAUUGACAGCCAAGCACACACUCCCACCCCACAGCUCUGUGUGGAGGCUGCAACAUUACUACUCAAACUGGUCAAAAUCAUCGUCAUGCAACACCGAACAGGCACUGAUGCAUCAUGGGCAUUGCAGCUCCUAGCCAAUGUGAUGCAGUUCUUCUGCCAACUACAUAACCUUCGACCCCAAGACCCACUGUGGGCAUCAACGGUGUUCCUCCAUGCACUUGCUGCCAUUAUGUUCACCUGGCAAAGUCCAGAGCACGAGCCGUGUAGGAUAACCGAAUGUGAGGAAGAACUCAGGAUUCAUUCACCCAAGAAGCCUGUAUAUGACUUUUCCCGUAUUCUGCUGAUGGACAGUCUUCUCAAUGUGUCUGGCAACAGCAACACACAUCCUUUAGUGUUACUGGUGGAGUUCUGUCCAGAUGGUGCAACGAUGGAGCAGAGCCAGAGUUUCCAGACUGAGCUGCUGGAGUUCAUCAUGGAAAUCAUCAACAUUCUCAGCAAUGAUAAAGAAAACAACACUCACCUCAUAUCAGAAAGGUCCCAAGACGAGAGACCUGCAGACCAGAUGUGCACGUUAAUGGGCAAUGUGCUGCUCUUCAGUAAGAUUCUGGUGCAGGCACUUUACGGCGGAGCAUUCCUGGGGGCCUCAGAGACUUUGCUCAACUUCCUUGCAGAUCAGAUUGUUGUGGCCCUGGAAAGAGGUCAAGCUCACAAGGAGAAGACCGUGUCAGCUCUCUAUUCCUGCUCAAAUAAUGUCCUGCUCUACUUCCUGUCCCAACCCCGACAUUCCAGAGCAGAGUUGAAGGGCAUCAUUAACACAUUCCAAACAAUCAAUGAUCGCUGGGAUGUUCUCUUGGCAACGUACAAUUCCAACGUGAACUUUAUCACAUGUUUUCUUCAUUGUCUGCUAUGGAUUGGAUCUGGCAGUUACCCCGAAGGUUUUACAUGUGGAACUCCAAAAGUGCACAACAGGAAAGUUUUCCCCAACAUGUUUCCAACCAAAACACAACAUGAAGUGGUUGUAGAAUCUGGGGCAGAAUUUCCUAUUGUUUCAGAUGACGUAGAGCUGGUGUCCUUGGCAAAGGCCUGCUGGUCCAAGGUUAUGAUGGAGCGGAGGCACACCCUGGAAGAAGCGUACAAGAUUGAGAUCUCAGCCAGCCAGACUGCUGAGAGGGCACCCGUAAAUAUGACUGACAUCAGCCCAUUAUGGGAGGAGACGGCUCACAAAGCCUGGCUGCUGCACUCUGAGAAUCACAAGGAAGCGACGGUCCAAAGCCCUUACAAGACGUUUGACAUGAUCAGCAGUGCAGUCCGCUCAGCGAUGGGGAGACAAGACAAGCAGGCAGUGACAGUGGAGGAGUUUCUGUCUUACAUGGAGUCGCACCGACAAAGAGGCAACAGCAUGUUUGAGAAUUUGAGGACAAACCACAUACAGUUACGAGCCAGUGAGUGGGAUUGGGUCAACGCCCAAUGGUUGCUUGUAGAGGCAGAGCUGCUGAGGGAGAGAGCAGUGUUUGGGCCAGGUCCGGGCGUGCUGAUCAGCCGUGACUGGGUGCAAGAUGCUGCCGAAGGACCCAACCGCACCAGACUCCGCGUCCGCAGAAAGGAAUUGAGACGAUCCAGACGGGUGCUCGGAGCCCUGUCUCUUGGCUUGAGGAAGGUCACGUCUGCAGAAAGCAACAAGAGGCCAGAACCUGACACAGAGCCCAAGAUUCUGUGUGAAGUUGGAGCUGAGGCCCAAGAGGAAGAUGAGGAUGGAGGAAAGGCUUGUGAUCAGCUGACCUUCUUUCCUGUUUUGAACGAAACACCUCCCUCUGAAAACCACAAGGAGCCCUGCUCCCGCACGCAAACCUGCACUGACAUCCGCAUCAUCCUGCAGGAGCUGCAUCCUGGCGAGGAGGUCAAAGCAAAGAUGUGUGUGGUGACGGUGAGCGGCCUCAAAGUGACUGAGGGGGUGCUGCUGUUCGCCAAAGAGAGUCUGCUCUUGUGUGAAGGAUUCACUCUGAGUCCGUCUGGAGACGUUUGCUGCAGGAAGCACCAAGCAAGCAGUGUCAGGGAUUCCUUCAUUUCCAGCAUCCUGAGUAAGGAGCCAACUUCAAGCUGCAGACACUGGCUCUAUGAGGACAUCAAGGAGGCCCGAUUUAUGCGGUUCUUAUUAGAGGACAAUGCCAUUGAGGUCUUCAUGAAAAAUGGCCAUUCAGCCUUCUUGGUAUUCAUAAAUAAAGACCAUGUUUCUGCAUAUAAAAGGUUGUGCAAGGUGGUGUCAUCAUUAAAAGGGAGAGGUGUCGCUGAUGUCAUCGCUAAUGCCAGGAAGACUCCCAUAGUUGCGAAGACCAUCCUUGUUAAAUGGCAGAAAGGGGAGAUCACUAACUUCGAGUACUUGAUGCAUUUGAAUACUCUUGCUGGGAGGACAUACAAUGACCUCAUGCAGUAUCCUGUAUUCCCCUGGGUCCUAGCUGACUACAAGUCAGAGACACUGGACCUGUCAGAUCCCGCAACCUUCCGAGAUCUUUCCAAACCAAUGGGUGCUCAGACGGAGAUCAGGAAGCAGAUGUUCAUCCAGAGAUACGACGAAGUAGAGAACAGUGAGUGUGAAGGAGGUUUGUCAGCACGAUGCCACUACUGUACCCACUAUUCCUCAGCCAUCAUCGUAGCCUCUUUCCUUGUUCGCAUGGAGCCUUUUUCUCACACCUUUCAGACACUGCAGGGAGGAUUUGAUAUCCCGGAGCGGAUGUUUUAUAGUGUAAACAAGGAGUGGGAGUCGGCCUCCCAAGAUAAUAUGAGCGACGUCAGAGAGCUGAUUCCAGAGUUUUUCUACCUGCCCGACUUCCUGAUCAACUCCAACAACAUCCAGCUGGGCUGCAUGGCAGACGGAACCGCUCUAGGAGACGUGGAGCUGCCGGCGUGGGCCAAAGAUGACCCACAGGAGUUCAUUAGAAUCCAACGUGAGGCCUUGGAAAGCGACUACGUGAGUUCGCACCUCCAUUUGUGGAUUGACCUGAUCUUUGGGCACCGACAACAAGGCCCCGCUGCUGUCGAAAGUGUCAACACCUUCCAUCCUUACUUCUACGCUCAGAGAGGCUGUCACAAUGCGAAGGAUCCGCUCAUUAAGAGCACCAUUUUGGGAUAUGUCAGCAACUUUGGCCAGAUACCAAAACAGCUCUUCACCAAACCGCAUCCACCUCGUAAUAGUAUAAAGAAAGAGGGGCCAUCACCACCUCACCCAACUCCUUUUUUCUUCAAUCUUGACAAACUCAGGACGACUGCACAACCAUUUCGAGAACUGCAGAGAGGCCCAGUGGGUCAAAUCGCGUGUUUGGAGAAAGAGGUGGUGAUCCUGGGGAGGAACAGACUCCUCCUGUCUCCUUCAUUGAGUUGUUUUUUCAACUGGGGUUUCCCUGACAACAGUUGCACUUUUGGAAACUAUACCACUGACAAGACGUUUGCCGUGUGCGAUAGUUUAUGUGCCUGGGGGCCAACAAUGUGCGCCGCCUGUCCCAACCCAACCACCGUCAUCACUGCAGGGAGCAGCACUGUGGUUUGUGUGUGGGACGUAGUACUCAACAAGGACAAAGUCACGCACAUGAAACUCAGACAGCCACUCUACGGUCACACAGAAGUGGUGACAUGCGUGGCUGCGUCUGAGGUCCAUAGCUUGGUGGUGAGCGGUUCCCGUGAUCUCACUUGCAUCUUGUGGGAUCUAGAGGAACUAAGCUACGUCACCCAGCUGGUGGGACAUACCAGCAGCGUUUGUGCAGUGGCUAUAAAUGACCUCACGGGUGAGAUCGCGUCAUGCGCUGGGCCUGUGCUCUACCUGUGGACGAUGAAGGGUCAACUGUUGGCCUGCACUGAAACUUCCCGUGAGUCUCUGUCAGACAUCCUUUGUGUCAGCUUCACACAACGACAUGAGUGGGACGCCAGGAAUGCCGUAGUCACCGGCUGUGCAGACGGCGUUAUACGGAUAUGGCGGACAGAGUACACCAGCACACAAUUAACUGGCCCUCCAGAAAAGCCCGUUUCCCUAGGGCGAGACCCAACAGCGCAGACAGAAACCGCCGCGAACGGCUCGCAGCAGCUGAACCGUUGGACCAGACGUCUGGUGAAGUGUCGGGAGCUGAACAGAAGUCAGGCUGUCUCGCAGCAUCGCAGCAAAAAAAAUCCAGCUAUCACAGCAUUGGCCAUGUCCAGGAGCCAUGCGACACUGUUGGCAGGUGACGCCUGGGGCCGAGUUUUUACUUGGACCUGCUAGUGAGCUCACGUGUGACUUCAUUUAUUCUUGGUGCCUCAAGACUUAAACAGUAGGGAACUUUACCUUGAAUGUGAAUAUUUUAGUACUGUAGCUUUACAUGUAAAUACCGAAUGAAAAAUUGAAUUAAACAUUUUUAGCUAUUCAUGA